GAUUGGUCGCUAAUCGAAGUCGCACACACACCACAUACUGACGUACAUGUAGUCUCGUCAAUUUCAUUCCGUAUCGGAUCAACUUUCAUGCGAGCAGCCGAGAUGUCUUAUCACUUUCUCUUCCUGACAGUGGGACUGGGAGUAGUCCUUGUCAAUUGUGUCAACCCUGUGGUUUCGGUUGGGGAGACUGAACCGGCAAGAGUUGACGAAGAUGGAGUGGUCAGGGCGGCCCAUUUCGCAGAGGAAGAACUCAAUAAAAUGUCGAACGAUUUGUAUGUGAGACGAAUGACAGAUGUCAUCAAAGCGCAAAAACAGGUUGUGGAAGGAAUGAACUACUAUCUGACGAUAGAAAUGACCCCGACUGAGUGUAAAAAGAAUGACCCAAUUGAGGAACUGGACUCCUGCAAAUUGUUGGACAAACCAGAGAAGCAGAUCUGCGAUGUUGUUGUCAACGAGCGGCUGUGGGUCAAGGAGAAUCCACGCCAGCUGUUGAAGUUCUCCUGUGAGAACGCACAUCAGAAGUAAACAGGAAAUGCUCCCUCGAGGGGCCGGCCGGGCAGACUCUUGAGACAGGCCGGCAGGGAAACAAUGUUGAAGUUUAUGCUAUUCUCUCUUGAUUGGUCAUGUGCUUCGUGCUCCACAUGCAUAUGAGCCUGUGACUGUGUGCAGCGUGCUUCUACCAAAGAGGCGUCCUUCCCACAGACAUGGCAUAUCAUAUUUCUCGUAUUCUCUCACUGUGUGCAAUUUUAUAUUCUGUAAAAAGAAAUUAUACUUACUUAACCUCAUUAGUCCCAAUUCUUCCAAAUUCAAUAUAAAUUUUCGUACAUCUAGGGUUGGGGAUAAUGACAACAUGUACGCAGUGAAAAUGUUUGUGUGUGAUAGGCUUUUACACUCUGUCUACUUUUAUAUAUCGUCUGCUGUACAAAUGAACUAAUUGAUGACACACAGUUUUUUCACGUUGUCCCAUGGAUAUGGUAAUUUCAGUGGUCGAAGACGGUCAUGUCAGUUCAAAUAACUGUAUCUCACGUACUGAGUUGCAUGGUGGCUUGCUGUAGCGUGAGUGGUGUGAUGGACAUGCCUGCCAGUAGAGCACAGCAACCUGACCAUGUUGUGUCCAACUUAAAUGCUCCCAGGAAUCAAUACUUUGCUCUGCUUUUAUUUUGAUUGAUUUCUUGAAACUGCUACUAACAACCAUCAUUUCUCUUGACUUACUGGCCCAAUGUUGCCAACCUUUCUUGACGGUUAAAAUUUGGAUGUGUUUUUUCAUUCCCUUAAACAUGGGCUGAUCUGGGGUGGAAAGGUGAAAAAAAUGGCUCUUAGAAAGAGCCCAAAUUUUUGUUUAUGGAAAAAUAACAAAGGUGUUUGUUUUUGUCUAUUUCAUUAUUUUUUUCCAAAAGCUUGUAAAAAGUGCCAAUAAGGUUGUACAAAAACCCAAAAUGUUUGGCCCCCUUCUAAUAAAAAGUUUCGACUCCCCCCCAUUGGGUUUUGACCCGCCCUUGCCCUCAAAGCAAAGCGUCCCUUGAGAGUGAAGAAAACACUAACCAUAUCACUGCAGGCGGCAAUGGCUGUAUGUAGAAGCUAGCUGUAAUUGUGUCAUUGUUUCUUAUCAUAGUCACUGCCAUACAGGCAGGAAUAGUAAUGUACUUUGGAGCAGUGAAUGGCGAUCUCUCCAUUAUGAUAUACAUGUACUUAUAAUGACAGCAUUACACACGGUGCAGUGUAAAUGGUACAGUGUCGUGGAAACUGGGGAAGAAGGUAUUGGUGACAACUGGUCCACAGUUUCCACACAAUUUUGGGUUUUUCUCCAUUGUAAUUAUUACACCAAAGAUCUACUUUCACAAGUUGCACUAUUGCACAAAUCAACUAAUUAAUCUCUCAAGUCAUAUAUGCAUGUGUUUGAAAAUAUUUAACAAGAGAUACAUUUAAUUAUAUCUUUAUUGACACGUAUUUUGGAUUUAUAAUAAAGAAAUUGCAUUAGAACUAUGCAUUGGUACGUGUGACUAGUUGCAAAUAGA